GGGGUGGCUUCCUGGGUAGGGCCUAGCAAUAUUUUAUCCAGACACUUUACCACAUGUACUACGGCUCUAGGUACCUAUCGCGUCCAUAUGAACGGGGCAUGAGAUAAGGUAUGUGACGCUGUGUCGUUGCAUUCCCCCUCCUUUAUCCCCCCCCUCAUUCGAUGACUACCUAGGUACCUGAGGGGUCGGAAUCUUCCUAGGUUGAGGUAUAUCAUAAGGUGCUUCGCUUAAUUGGUACCCAAGUACGCACAGGGCUGAAUCAAUCUAACCAAUCGAUAUACUCAUUACCAUUAUAAGUGCCGCGAAGAUGCUUGAUGUUCAUGAGAUCACAAUAGCACAAGCCCAGGAUGGCUUCCGGCACGGCAGCUUCUCUGCUAAAGAGCUUGCAGGUGCAUUUCUCAAUCGUAUCGCAAAAUGGGAUAAAGCCGGCCUGCGAAUCAAUUCAACAAUGGCUCUAUCGAAAACGGCACUAGAAGAAGCCACCGCGCUUGAUAAUUACCUACAGGAAACCGGCCAAUUGAGAGGAAAGCUCCAUGGAAUCCCUGUGUUAGUGAAGGAUCAAGCCGAUACAAAAGGCAUGGUAACCACAUACGGCUCAGCGGUGGCGAAAAACAAUAUCCCAGACGAAGACGCUUUUGUUGUUACUAAAUUGAAGACAGCUGGCGCUGUGAUCCUGGGUAAAACUACACUUGCGGAAUGGGCUUCUGUUUGGUUCAGUUUGAAUGGCGCAAAUGACUACGAGUUCACAAAGAACCCAUAUAAUCUCGGUCACGAUGUUGGCGCAUCAUCGGGGGGAUCCGGCGCGGCCGUAGCAGCAAAUUUCACCAUCUUAGCAGUAGGCGAAGACACUGGUGGUUCAAUUAGGGUACCAUCAUCGUUUUGUAAUAUCGUCGGUCUUCGUCCCACCCCUGGGCUCAUCUCUCGAACGGGAUUCUGCCCGCUGAUCAAAACACAAGACACGCCAGGUCCUAUGGCACGGACCGUCACAGAUUGCGCACUCAUGCUAGACUGCAUGGUAGGCUUCGAUCCGAAAGACGAAUUUACAGGUUUUGCAGCUACUGCAGCUGCCCUAGGACUACCUAAGGGGGGCAGUUACGCCACAUUUCUGCAUGGCGGAGUUAGCAAAAUAAAACAAGCAAAGAUAGGCAUUGUGAGACAGAAGUUCGGUCCCGAAUCAGAUCCGCAUUGCAGGGCAGUCAAUACAGUCGUAUUAAGGGCAAUUGAAAAACUCCGGGAUGCCGGCACGACCUUUGUUGAUGUGCAUAUCGACAAUCUUGAUCACUACAUGAUUUACCCGCUCACAUACCUCCAGAGAUCACGCAGCGAUAUCAAUAGCUUUCUAGCCACGAAGCCUCAUCUUCCCCAAGAUAUCGCGGACAUAUUGCCAGAGGUGUCGGACAAACCCUACAUAAACAUGACGUGCGCGAUCGCACAUGGUCCUGUUGACCCUAUGGACGAUCCAACUUAUCUUGACAAGAUCCUCCAGAGGGACGAAUUCAAGCGUAAGGUGGAUUGCCUUAUUGCGUCGCUUGGGCUCGAUGCACUCACAUUGCCGGAUGUUCGGGUACCACCCCCACGAUUCGAAGACGCUACAGACGGCAGGUUCAUGAAAGAUGGGCAGGAAGACUUCCCAACCAAUACAUUCCUCGCUAGCGUAACCCGACAUCCAGCGAUUUCGGUUCCAGCUGGUUUCACAGAAGAUGGGCUGCCAAUAGGUAUUGAAUUCGUCGGAUUAGAGUACCAAGAACAACAUUUACUGGAGCUAGCCUAUGGUGUAGAAACCAUUAUAGGGGCUAGGAAAUCCCCGCCUAAUCCGCUGUAGAUAGCGCCCCAUAACGAAAUUCACGAACUUGUCGAGUAUCAUUUUCCCUUUUCCUGUCAGAUGCAUUUGACAAUCAGGUAUAGGUGUCAAACUAUUUUCGCAGCGUCGGUUGUUAAAACGUUCCCCUUUCUUUUUACCUGAGUUAGCACCCACCACGAUCCAAUCGUUAAGACAGUGAGGCCACCUCCUAUGGCUAUAUACAGCCAGAACCAAACUGUUAAAACCGACUCUUUUCCACUAGCUUCCCAAUUAAACACGCCCAUCGAGAAUAUGGACUAACAG